CACACGCAGUUUGCUCAUAUUGCCACUAGGAGAUGCUGUUUUCAACGCUGUGGCCACCAGAGGCUCUCCCUUGCUGGCUUUGCUACUCUGAGUGCUUUCUCCGUCCAUCCCAGUAACCAGGGGGGUUUCAGCUCCCUUCAGGGAAGUGGGAAAGGGCAGAGAAGGAAGCAGAAGAGAGACCCAAGACAGGAAAGGAAGAAGGAGGCACAGCUGGCUGAGGGAGAGGGAAAGGGGAGUCACAACAAUGGUCUGAUUUUCAAAGGUGCUGAGCUCCCACUGACAGCCCAUUUUCAGCCCCUCUGAAAAUCAGGCCAUUAAAGUGACCGGAAGGGGAGAGCAGAGGGGAGGGGUCACAAAGCUGUAGGGGAGGAGAACAGGCCUGGCCUUGGAUCACCUUGGAAGGGACCAGAGGGCUGUUGCCAGUCCCAUGCUUGCACUCCAGCCUGCCUUCCGGAGACAAGAGGGGGAUGCUAGUUGACCUCUUCCUCCCGCACCGUCCACCCCCCGCUUCCUCUCCUUCACCAACUCCAGUUAUUAAGAAAGCAGAGCCGGAGGCAGUGCUGAGCCAGAGAUGCAGCAACCCUCCUUGGGAUUUCACUUUGCCAGGAUACAGUCUGGUAAAUUUGCAGCAGCCACCACGGAGAGAACACAGGAACCCCCCUUGGGCCCGCCGUGUCCCUUUGACGGAGCAUUCUGGAUUCAGAGACCCCCCCAGCAGGGGUGCUUUGCUGGCAUUCCCAAGCCUCCUGCCAUCCCGCAAGCCUCGCCUGUCCUAUCUCCCUGUUCGGCUGUUUGCUACAUGGAGAAUAAGAGCUGCAAAGGGGAUAGCCUGCGGCCAGCUGUCCAGUGCAAACACACUGUCGAGAAGAAGACAAUGACUAACCCCACGACGGUGAUUGAAAUCUACCCAGACACCACUGAGGUGAACGAUUACUAUCUCUGGUCCAUCUUCAACUUCGUAUACCUCAACUUCUGCUGUCUCGGCUUCAUCGCCUUGGCCUAUUCUUUGAAAGUCCGGGAUAAGAAACUCCUCAAUGACCUGAACGGAGCAGUCGAAGAUGCCAAGACAGCCAGGCUUUUUAACAUCACCAGCUCAGCACUCGCCACUUUCUGCAUCAUCCUCGUCUUCAUCUUCCUGCGCUACCCGCUCACUGACUAUUAGAGCAAGGCCAGCAGCCGCUGCCAAAAUGCCUCAGUGCCAGAAGUGUCCACUGAAUUUCCUCCAGCAAGGACAUGAAACAACAAUCCAUCUUGAUUGCAAAAAAUAAAUACAAAGUAAACCCCACCGAGCAACCCCCACAACUCCCAAACCCUGACUGGUGUUUGAACUUCUGUAGAAAAGGAAAUUACUUUUACAUUUUUUACAGAAAAAUAUUUAUUUUCAUGAUAAACAAAAGUGGGUGAUGACAACAUGCAAAGCUUAGAACUAACCACAACAUGAGCCAAUAGCUGUGUAGCUAGAUGCUGCAACCAUAGUGGUGGCCGAGGAGUCAGAGCGAACAUUGUGUCAUCGAUGAUCCGCUGAUUAAAGUUACAUAAGCAGCCCAAGCGCUGAGCUGUGUCUUAGAUGGAAAACAGCAAAUAACCCUAUUGGGAGAGCUGAACUCCAGAUCUACCGGGAAGCAUGUGCACUGAUUUAGAGCUCAAGAGAGGGAGGAAAAAUGCCUGCUACUGCAAGAUAAAACUGAGAAGUAAAGCUGGGCAGAUUCAGGACAUAUCAGAUGUGUUCAGGCUGCUACCACGUCCUCUCUCUCUCUCUCCUCUCCUUCCUUUCACUCCCCUGUAUAUUUUGUUCUUUUCGUCUUUUUAUACAUUUAUUCAUUGAAUUCCAUUUGAAGGCCAAAAUAGCUUACCAUUCCCCGUCCCCAGAGAGCUUUAUCCUUGAGAGUUCAUAGUGGAGAAUCCUGAAGGCUCCCGAUAAACCCCAAAUAAUUAAAACAAAACAAAACUCCUCCAUGGAAUCUCCUGCAAAUGCUGAGAACGUAGGCAACCUUUGGAGAACUUGCAUAUAUCCUGUAUACCGACUCCUACUGUAUUUCUGUAAACUUUCAAUAAAGAUAAUAAUACCUCUGCCCAUCCAAUGCCAUUCUGGUUAAUUUCACAGAUUGCCACAGAUUAGGGGUUUUUCCCCCUUUGGUCCCAUAUUAAUCCAAUGAGGGGCAGAGAAGAGAAUUAAAACUCCUAUUGGACACUAUAACCUGCCUCUACAGCCAUAAUCCCCUACCUUUGCUGUCUACGUGGAUGGGCCUGGAGUAAUGGGCCACCUCACUUAACGAUGUGAAAGAAAGUUAAAUAACAGGCAGGGAGCAGCUCC